AGCUGCUAUUGGUUCAGCCAAUUAGCUUAAGAAAUUAUAAAUGUUACGCUGCAUGAGACUUCGAAACUCAUAGCGGUCCGGUAUAAGAACGAAGUUAGAUUGUUGGGCUGUUUGAUUUAUCUAAGUAUCGACGGAAAGAUGCUAAAACACUGCAGAAGAGAAACGAGGAAUAGUUCUCUGAAUUUCAUGCAUAAAUACGGACUGAAGAAUGAUGAGGAUACGACGGACUGUAGAGAACUGUUAACAAGUACCAUGAGUAACGUGGAACAUGACGUAGAUUACGGAAAGGCCGCGGUGCUGCACUGUGGGAAAUGCUACACAGUUCUAAGUGAUACAGUCGAAGUUUGCGGCGAAUACAAGAAGCUGAAUUCCGUUAUAUGUGCUCGAGUAACCAAACAUGUAACGAUUAAGGAAGAGCUGGGGUUUCAAGCUCAAGGACCGUUAACUGGAUGUACUUACAGUGCUCUUCAGUGUUCUGGCUGUUUUCGCUGCGUGGGAAUCAUCCUAAAUUCCACCACAAAACAUUUAUCUGCACUUCGUAGCCUUUAUCUUUUACAGAAGGAAAACAUAAGCUGCUACAGUUUUAAAACCAGUAGCAUGAUCAAAGCAUCUGAUAUGACUUUUGAGCCUGGUGCCAUAAAAAAUUGUCUCGAUGAGUUGAAACAAGAAUUGGAUGGAAUUUUGGAGCAUAUGGUUAUUAUACAGAGGCAGCUAAAAGGAGCAAACUUCGGCCAAGAUUAGACAAAAGAACUUUCACUUGACAUUGGCCAUUAGUUUUUGUAUAUUAGCACUUGGGAAACAUUAAAUUUAGCAGUUGUACCCUGAGCACUUGGCCAAUGGCUAGAAAAAGACCUUACAGACUUUAAUUCUGUUUUGGCAUGAGUUUUAAGGUGUGACAUAAAAGUUGUGUGUUUAUUGAAACAAUAUAAAUAAAGAUUUGUUUAACCACACAAAAACAGCAACUGCCGAGCAUAUUCAAAGAAAAAUCGGUUGACAACUUACCCAUGCUUGUGUCCACAUUUAUAUUAUUAUUAAGCAGUAUGAAUACUUUCAGUGAAAUGGUUUUAAUAAAUUAGACUCAAGAGUUUUGUA